GUGCAGAGUGCAGGUGCAGAGUGCAGUUUAGUGAGGUUCGGUGGAUGAUUUCCCGCCAGCUUUCCGUUUAUUUUAGCAAUACCGGUGCCAGUUUUGUUGUUCAAUGCGGUAUAAAGUAAUGCCGUACUAAUAAAUUAUCGAUCAGAACUAUAAUUUUAUAAUGACUUCCUUGCUUAAAUUUACGGAUUGGACUUCCGAUUAUUUCAUCAAAAACCGUUCGCAAUGCACUGCGAUCUUGGAAGAUCCAGAGGCAUUGAAAGAAAUUCCUUUAAUAAACAGUGGAUCCCUCGACGAGUUCAGAGACCGGCAGCUUGUUAGAUUUGAAGGCAUGAUUCAGGACAUGUAUGAUCCUGAAUACUACUUUCAACAAUAUGAAGUGAAAAAUACUCAAACUGAAACGUGUGAGGUCAGAUGUGGAAUGUACGCAGAUUCUGCCAAAUACUUGCCAGGUGAAAAGAUCUUGUUCGAAUCAGAGAAGAAUCAAACUUCAGAGAGACAUACAUGCAUUGUAAUAUCGACUCCUGGUUUAAACGAUUGGGCAAGAGAGAAAGUUGAUCAGUCAAUUUGUUUAAUCACAAAAGCAAUGAAUAUUAAUAAAAGAAGUCUGGACGAUGAUGAUCUCAAUGAGAGUAACAGUUUGGAGUCAACGCGAAAGAAGGAAAGAACUUCGAGGGCAGGAAAUAUCAAAGAAACAGACGUUGCAGAGCAAAAUAUAUUUUCAAAAGAAUACAUACUUAAUUUUCCAAUUUCUAUACCUGAUGGCAAAGCUUGUAUUGUGAAGAUAUAUGAUGAUACGCCUUUGAAAUUGAAUGAAACGAUUGAAGUAGUAGGUUUCAUAUCUUUGGAUCCACUUUUAAAUGGUGUUGAUAAUUCGGAUGAAACUAUGUCGGAGGCUGAAAACGCCGUGCAUCAUCCUCCGGCCUCGCUUGUCCCUCGAUUACAUGCUAUAAAAAUAAUACGUCCAACCAAGCAAGAUCUUAAAAUUGUUCCACAGAUAAUGUGUAAAGUACAGUCAAUAAGAAGUGACCUUCAUUUAAUAUUAAGUCAACUUCUAUUUGGAGAUUCUUUGGCUGCAGAUUUCCUAAUUUGUCACAUGCUUUCAUCAAUUUACAUGAGGAAAGACUUCUUCUGCCUUGGUACUUAUCCACUGAAUAUAACGCAUUUUCCCUUCCUCAAAUAUAAACAGUUCACAAAGGAUUUGUACAAGUUUUUAACUUUGCUCGCAAGGAAAAGUCACUUGUUAGAAAUCACUUUGGAAAAUUUAAACGAUUUGACUUUGUCACCCAAGAAAGAUUAUGAGGGUAACAGAUUAACGAGUGGUGUGCUCCAGCUUAGUAAUAACACUCAUCUUGUGAUAGACGAAACGGGAUUGACCACAGGUCAGAUUUCACAAGCUGGACGGGAAAACUAUAACGCGAUAUGCGAGUUAAUUAAUUUUCAGAAAGUCACAUACGAUUUCAAAUACUACAAACUGGAAUACGAAUCGGAUAUUCCGAUUUUAAUUUUAUCAGAAACUAAGUCUUUCAUCCCAUGCCCGACACAAGUCGUUUUAAAAGUAGAGCCAGAAUCUGAAAAUAUUUAUCCGCAAAUAUUGGAAGUGACUGACCAUUAUUUGAAGGACAAAGAUCGAUUAUCCAAUAUUCGACAAUACUUAGAAGUUGUACGGGACACGAAGUUCGAAUUCGACGACGAUGAAGUCAUGAAGGAAAUUCAAAACGAUUUUGUACGGUUAAAGGAAAUAAAUAAAAACGUUGACCGUUUGCAUUCGUUAAUGGUAUUAGCUAGACUAUUAUCUUUGUCGUAUGGAUCAAGUACAUUGACCAUGGGAUACUGGAAGAAAGCUGUACAAAUGGAAUUAGAUAGAUUAAGUAGAUUGCCAGGUAAAAAAUAAAUACUGUUCAUAAGAAAUAACGCUACAUAUACUUGUUCAUUGCGUCCUUUUGUACAUGGAAAUUUUAUACUGAUUAAUAAAUAAUUUUCGAAUGAAAAA